AAAGUCCAACCGCAACCGCAAUCUAACAGACCCGCUUCACGCUCCAGUUCUGAAUUCUAUUUUCGUCUCUCUGCACACACAAUAAUCCCAUGAGAGCUUUAUAAAUCCCUAAAACUAGGGUUUCUACAACCUCCGAUGGUAGCGAUUAUGUCGGCCAAACUGCGCGAAAAAGUCGCCGGAUUUCUCGCUGCCGCCAAGUCAGCGCGGAGCCUCAAUUCCAAGCUCCAAUCCUUACAGCACCUCAAACAAAUCUUCUCCGACGAUGCGGACACUGAUUUGUUAUCGGAGUUUCUCCCGGCUCUUCUCGAAUUCCAUUCCGACUCGUCGAGUCCGGUUCGCAAGCUUGUUAUUGAGAUUGUCGGUGGUGUUGGAUUGAAGCAUGUGGAAUUCUUACCUGAUAUCGUGCCUGUGUUGAUCGCUGCUCUGCAAGAUAGUACACCAGCUGUUGCUCGACAAUCUGGUACAUGCGGGAUGGAUUUGUUCCGAAGCACACUUGUCAAAAUCGCAAUCCAGGGUAUUUACUCUAGUGAGUUGGAUGAUUCACUUAAAUUGUCAUGGGUUUGGAUGUUGAAGUUUAAGGAUGAGAUGUAUUCUCUAGCUUUUAAGCCUGGAAGUGAUGGAAGAAGGUUGGUUGCACUUAAAUUUGUGGCAGCAACUAUACUGCUCUAUACUCCUGAUCCUAGUGGUUCUUCUGAACCACCGAGUAAUCACAGCUAUGAAGAGAAGUUUGAUGGAUUCAAUAUGGCAUGGCUUCGCGGGGGGCAUCCUGUUCUAAAUGUUGGAGAUUCAUCAAUGGAAGCCAGUAAAAGUUUGGGUCUGUUACUUGAUCAGCUACGAUAUUCAAAAGGAAAAUCACUCAAUAACUCUGCAAUGAUCGUCCUUAUUAACAGUCUGUCAGAAAUUGCAAGGAAAAGGCCUGCUCUCUAUGGUCGUAUUAUGCCAGUUUUACUUGCCUUAGAUCCUUCGAGCUCUGCUAAUAAAGGGAUGCAUGUCUUGGGCGCACAUUAUCCUUUGAAGAAUGCCUUCUUUGCCUGCUUAAAGUGCUCACAUCCUGGUGCUGCGCCGUGGCGGGAUAGGUUAGUUGGUGCACUUAGAGAAAUGAGAGCAGGAGAUAUGGCUGAAGAAGCCCUGCAUGAACUGUGCCAGGUAAAUGGCAAUGUAGGUUAUAAGAACAAAGCGCCUGAUGAGGAGGAAAAACCGUCUUUGGAUCCAGUUGAUGCUAUGGAUACUGAUAUAAGAAGAAAAAGGUCAGGGACACCGGAUGCCAGCGAUUUGGCAGCGGAGGAUGAUAUAUCUGGAAAGCGUGCAAGGCAAACACCAGAAGCAAGUAUUGAUCAAUGUAAAUCGUCUUCCAGUGCAGUAUCUACAUCUAGAGGUGAUGGGGAUAAUGGUCCUGUGCAGCAACUGGUUUCUAUGUUUGCUGCAUUAGUCGCACAGGGUGAAAAAGCCGUGGGAUCCUUGCAAAUCCUUAUAUCUAGUAUCUCUGCUGAUUUGCUUGCCGAAGUAGUUAUGGCCAAUAUGCGACAUCUUCCAUCAGUUCGUCCUAAAGAUGAAGAGCUGGAAUUGGACAAGGAAUUACACACAACUUAUGGGUCAAAGGAUUCUCAAUUUAAACAACUAUCAUCGUUUUUAAGAGACAUUCUAUCUCCGUCUAGCCCUUCCCCAAUAUUAGAUGCUCGUCCAUCUGCAUCUAACAAUUUAGAGAAUCCUAAACUGGAGGAACAGGAGGUGAUGACUCCUAUUUAUAAUGAUGUAGGAGGUCCCCUGAUUACUGAAACCGCAGUAGUAACGGUGCCUACUGAUAUACCCAUUUCCUCUUCUGAAGGUGUUCCAUCAGUAAAUGAUGUUAGUUUAGCUAUUGCACCUGAAGUUCCUGACAUUGGGUUUCCUGAGAAUGGGAUACCAGGUCUGGAAUCAUCUGUUCACUCCUAUGGUUUACCAGAGACAUUGGCUGUUUCGUCUGUGGUCGGAACUGAUUUAGAAGAUGCUAGUCAAGACCAAGCGAUUAGUUUGGGCAGGUCAUCACAAGAGAGGAUUCCAUCAAUAUCAACUGAUAGGUCCGAGGAGCUUAGCCCAAAAGCAGUUUGCACGGAUGCAACCAGCAUAAACUCCUCAACAGCAACUUCCCUCAGAUUACCUUCUCAAUUGGUGCUACCAAAGAUGUCAGCACCAGUUAUCAGUCUUGAUGGGGAACAGAUGGAUAACAUACAAAAGAUGUCUUUUAUGCGCAUUGUCGAGGCUUAUAAGCACAUAGCAGUUGCUGGGGGUUCGCAAGUCCGGUUUUCCCUACUUGCCUAUUUAGGAGUUGCGCUUCCCUUGGACGUGGACCCUUGGAAGAUGGUUGAAACUCAUGUUCUGUCAGAUUAUAUGAGCCAUCAGGGACAUGAGUUGACAUUGCGUGUACUCUACAAGUUAUUUGGUGAGGCCGAAGCAAAUGCUGACUUCCUUUAUUCAACAAAUGCUACAUCUGUAUAUGAGAUGUUUCUUUUAAAAGUGGCAGAAACACUCCGAGAUGCUUUUCCAGCUUCUGACAAAUCCUUGAGUAGAUUGCUUGGCGAGGUUCCUUAUCUGCCAAAAUCAAUACUGAAGUUGCUGGAAUGCUUGUGCUGUCCUGGAAACAAUGAUAAAGAUGAGAAGGCUGUACACAGUGGCGAUCGUGUUACUCAAGGUCUUAGCACUGUAUGGAGCUUAAUAUUGCUGAGACCACCCACUCGAGAUGUGUGUUUAAAAAUUGCUUUACAGAGUGCAGUUCAUCAUUUGGAAGAAGUGCGUAUGAAGGCAAUACGUCUAGUGGCUAACAAGCUUUAUCCCAUAUCAUCUCUCACUCAAAAUAUUGAAGAUUAUGCCAAGGAAAUGUUGAUCUCUGUAACUAGUACUGACAAAACAAAUGCUGUAGGUCUUAAUCUUGAAUCACAAAAGGAACAUCUAAAUGCAAGUGUUUCAGAAGGUACUGUCCCUAAAGAUGUAUCAUCUGAUGCUCAUCAGUUGAACACAUGUGAAAGCAGUUCACUGUCUUCAGUUUCCGAAAUGCAGCGAUGCAUGUCUUUGUAUUUUGCCCUUUGUACGAAGAAGCACUCUCUUUUUCGCGAAGUAUUCGUUGUUUACAACAGCAUGUCAGAUGUGGCAAGACAGGCAGUUCAUGGCCAAAUCCCAAUUCUUGUGCGCACGAUUGGCACAUCAUCUCAGCUUCUUGAAAUUAUUUCUGAUCCACCUACUGGAAGCGUGAACCUUCUUAUGCAGGUUUUACAAACAUUAACGGAUGGAACAGUCCCUUCUCCAGAACUGAUUUCUACCAUCAGAAAGUUAUAUGAUUCAAAUUUGAAGGAUGCACAAAUCCUUAUUCCGGUGUUGCCAUUCCUUCCAAAACAUGAGGUGUUGCUUUUAUUUCCACAUCUGGUGAAUCUUCCUCUGGAUAAAUUUCAAGGUGUGAUUACUCGUACUUUACAGGGAUCAUCUCAGUCUAGUCCUGUGCUUACUCCUGGUGAAGUUCUAAUUGCAAUUCACAAAGUUGACCCUGAAAGAGAUGGAAUUCCCUUGAAGAAGGUUACAGAUGCUUGCAACGCGUGUUUCGGACAAGGUCAAAUAUUUACCCAACAAGUCCUUGCAGAAGUUCUGAAUCAGUUGGUUGAGCAGAUUCCUCUUCCAAUGUUAUUUAUGCGCACAGUGCUACAAACAAUAGGUGCUUACCCGUCACUGGUGGACUUUAUAAUGAAUAUUCUUUCCCGUCUUGUAAGCAAGCAGAUAUGGAAAUACCCAAAGCUGUGGGUAGGAUUUUUGAGAUGUGCUCUCAUGACAAAGCCACAGUCUUUUGGUGUUUUGCUUCAGUUACCUCCACCGCAGCUUGAAAAUGCUAUGAAUAAAACGCCGGCACUCAAGGCUCCUCUGGUUGCUCAUGCUAGCCAACCAAACAUACAGCCUACACUUCCAAGGUCUGUACUCGUGGUGCUUGGUAUUGUAUCUGAUCCUCAAGCUGCAAGUCCAACGGAAAAAACACAGCCCCAGAGUCCAACGGCAGAAGCACAGCCCUCGGAUGCAACGGCAGAAGCACAGCCCUCAGGUGCAACGGAAGAAGCACAGCCCCCAAGUGCAGAUGGAAGCGGCUCGGAGGCUGAAAAAUCCAAGGAAACAUCCACUGUUAGUAAUAUGUAGGCUGAGCUGGCCUUGGCAACUGCUGUAGCUGGUUUUUCAGGAAAGUUGCCAUGUAGGUUCCUUUAUUUGAGAAUAUAUACACCACAAUAUUACAGGUCGACUUUGAGCUCUAUAAAAAACAGCCUGUAGCUAGAACAGUGUAUUGUGGAAUUUAUAUUAUUUAUGGAUAAAUGUUUGAAAUGGUCUGUGAAAAUAAUUUUGACGAUUCCAACAUUCACUAUUAGAAUCAGCGAAGUUUAUGUUAGAUAAUUAUUUGACGA